CACCAACUCCAUCUUUACAGCAGCAUUUUCACUCUAAAAGAAGUAUUUUGUUUCGUCUACUCAAGAGGACUAUCUGUGUAAAUUCGGUCUUUGUACCCAAUUACCCAUCUUUUUGUCAAGUGUCUGAAAAAACCCAAAAGGAAAUGGGUGCUCUCGAUCAUUUUUCAGAUCUCUUUGAUUGCUCCCAUGGACGUUCUAGGCACAAGAAACGCAAGCAGUUUCAGACGGUGGAGAUCAAAAUAAAGCUGGACUGUGACGGAUGCGAGCGGAAGGCGAGGAGGUCCGUGGAAGGAAUGAAGGGUGUGACGCAGGUGGAUGUGGACCGCAAGUCCAACAAGCUGACAGUCAUCGGAUACGUGGAUCCGUCCAAGGUGGUGUCACGCGUGGCUCAUCGGACGGGGAAGAGGGCAGAGCUGUGGCCAUACGUUCCUUACGACGUCGUGGAGCACCCGUAUGCUCCUGGUGUGUAUGACAAGAAGGCGCCAGCCGGGUACGUGCGAAACGCCAUGGACCCACAGACUGUCCAGCUGGCACGUGCCAGCUCCACUGAAGUUAGAUAUACUACUGCUUUCAGUGAUGAUAACCCUCAAGCUUGUUCUAUCAUGUGAUGAUCAUGAUAAGGAAUUUGUGGUUAGGAUUGUAUUUUUUGCUUCUUGUGUUGGUGGGAUUUGGAUGUAGAACACUAAAUUUUUUUCCCUUUUAUCUGUUGAAUAUAUGUAUUGAUUAAGUUGUUGAAGUUGAAGCAAUUUGUAAUUCAAAUGUUAUGUUUAUGUAAAUUAAGUUAUGUACUUUGUGUA